AUGUCUCCCUCCGUUUUCGAGCCCCAGAGCGUUCCCGCUCUUGUCGAUGUCGGCCUCAAGGUUGCCGGCAAGAACGAUGCCACCGCCAGUGUCGAGCGUGAUACCAGGGGCUUGUCCAAGCCUCUCCUCGAGCUCAUGCCCACCCUCGGCACUGAUGCCUUCACUUUCUCCCCCAUUCGCGAAUCCACUGUUUCGCGCGCCAUGACCCGCCGCUACUUUGCUGACCUGGACGCCCACGCCGAGUCCGACAUUGUCAUCGUCGGCGCCGGCUCUUGCGGUCUUUCUUGCGCCUACGUCCUGUCCACUCUGCGCCCCGACCUGCGCAUCACCAUGAUCGAAGCCGGCGUCGCCCCGGGCGGCGGCGCCUGGUUGGGGACAGCUCUUCAGCGCGAUGGUGAUGCGCAAGCCUGCCGACGUCUUCCUGGACGAGGUUGGCGUACCCGGCCCAAUGUCAAGCUGUUCAAUGCCACGACCGUUGAGGACUUGAUCACCAGGAAGCACCAUGCCGAGUCUGUGUCGUUGUCGGAUGAUGGCGAGGCCGAGGACGAGGCCAAGGUCAGGAUUGCAGGCGUGGUGACCAACUGGACUCUGGUGUCUAUGCACCACGAUGACCAGAGCUGCAUGGACCCCAACACCAUCAACGCUCCCGUUAUCAUCAGCACUACGGGCCACGAUGGUCCUUUUGGUGCCUUCUCUGUCAAGCGCCUGGUCAGCAUGAAGCAGAUGGAGCGCCUGAAUGGCAUGCGCGGACUGGAUAUGCAGUCUGCCGAGGAUGCUAUCGUCAACAACACGCGCGAGAUUGUCCCAGGUCUGAUCGUUGGCGGUAUGGAGUUGUCCGAGAUUGAUGGCGCUAACCGCAUGGGACCUACCUUUGGAGCCAUGGCUCUCAGCGGUGUCAAGGCUGCCCAUGAGGCCAUUCGCGUCUUCGACCUUCGCAAGGCUCAGAACGACAAGUACUAG